GCCACCUUUCUGCUGGGCCACCAUUCGCUCGGCCACGCUCGGCAGAUAAGUGACAGAGAUGGACACCACGGAAGUGGACGAUGAUCCCGUCGAGAAAGAGAUACCAGUGUACCUUUCCAAGACCUUGGCGGAUCAAUUGUUCAUUAUUCAGUAUCCCGCAUACAUGAAAGAUGGUUGCGUCAAUGCCACCUUUUUGAAGACUUCCGUUAAGCCGGAGAAUCAAAAAAUUCGUAUAGAGCUCGCUAUAGACGCGGAAAAUGAGGAUUCUUACGAUCACAGUACGGGAAAGCGGUUGGCUUUAAAUACAGAUGGGAAGUCUACAGGAAACGAUGAUGAAAGUACAUUCGAUAGUGGUCUGAUGGACAAGAUUGUGUUGACUUCGGAACGGACGUUGUCGGAUUGCUCCAAUUUCGCAGUUGGGAUCUUUCAGGACGAUGAGCUGCACCUCACGCCGUUGAAGGCAAUGUUGCACAUGAAGCUGCAGUGCGAUUAUCUGGAUGAAACUGAAAAGCACGUCAAGGAUGGAACGAAGGGUGGGGGAGAAGACGACGACGAGGAAGAAGAUAACGCCACACCGGUGAAAGUGACGUUCGCCAGGCAUCUACCGGACAACCUGAAGAAGCUGCAGGAACAGUCCUUCCAGCAUCACUACAAAAAAAGCCAGGAGGAGCGUUGGAUGCAUACGAGUUACGCCCCGACUUACGACGUGCAAACUGAGUCGACACGGAUAGAGAUGUUCUGCCCGUCAGCCGAAGAGUCGGAAAAUAUCCUGAAUUUGGCCCAGAGGAAUUAUCUACAUCUACUGGUACCGCAGUUACCUGAUGAGUGCUACUCGCAAUCCACCUCCGAGGAUCAGACGGAUCUUCACUACAUCAAGACCUUGCCUUUGCUAGAUCGAAUCAGGAUAAUCAUGAAACAAGUGAGAGUCAUCUCCUUUGCAAAGUUAUGUGAAAUUCUCUCGCCAGAGCACGACACGACAGCGAUACUCAAGUAUUUGCAGCAAGUAGCUAUGCUGGUGCAGGGUAACUGGGUUGUGAAUAGCGAACUGAUAUACCCCAAGGAUAACGCCUCCCCUCAGAACAGCACCUCUGAGAUCAUGUGUAAAGCUCGCGAUUAUAUUUUAUUGUCGUUUAUCGAGCAACAAUUUGUCAAUCGCAAUACGAUCUCGUCCGCCAUCAAGUUGACGCCGGAAGAGAUUAAUCAAAUUUUCGCGGAACUUGGAGCGUACGAAUCGAAGAAAGGUUGGCGGCUGAAAGAACCACCCAACUCGGACUUUCGUAAUAGAUAUUCCGAGAUCGACCAGCGGCAAAAAAUAUUGUGGGAUGCGAAGAGAAAACACCUGCGUGAAACGAUGGAAGCACAGACUCAGCCACUGCAGCGUCAGCGCCGGAAGUCGAACCGGGAAUCGUUAGGCUCGGAAAACGAGGAGAGAAACAUCGGUCGUGGUCGAAAAUCCGUCAAGGAAUCAUCUCUGUCGGAUAAUGACGGUACAAUAUCCGAACCGGUUAAGUACAAAAAGAGUCGGUCCAGAAAAAUAUCGGAAACCACCACGUGACCAAGACCAAUGCACCGAGGUAGUUCAAAGCUUCUUUUUUCGCCCGUCUCUUCGAUCGUCGUCACGUGAUAUGUGAAUCAUGUGACUGAUUGAAUUAUGAAUCAUGAGAUUUUUUCGCAAUAUCUGGUCAACUUUGUUAAAAGUCGAUUUUUCCAGAAAUAUAUUCGAAGCUCGAGUUCAAGCACUAAUCACCGAUUAACUUAUAUGUAUAAAUAUAGUAUAUUACAGUGUGUUAUGCUAGAUUAUUGUAUUUAUUAAUACAACUUCGAAUUUAC